GUUGUGACAUCUAUUAUGUGUCUUACCUCAUUCAAGUUGUGAUUUCCCUUGUUCUUUGUAUGAUUUGUAAUUUUCUUUGCAUCCUUAUCAUUUUGAUAUUAUAUUAUGAAACUCUGUAGUCUAACUUUUUUUAUCAGACAGUCCCCCUGUUGUUAUGUAGCUGGAGGGUUGGGUGCGUGUUCACGUUCAGCUUCUUGUGGGAACUCCUGACACCAUCAUUGCAAAAGUGGAGCAUUGAGUCACAAUGACUCAUUGCAUAUGGGUGGGAUGGAUAGAAGUUUAGCUCCCUUCUUAGAUCUGCCAAUAGCUUCAUCUUGAAACGUAGGUACUGACUCAUACCAUCUUAUUGCCUCCAAGUGGGAGUGGAGGCUUAUCUGGGCCUUAUUGACACCAAGGGUGUAGGGAAACUUGAGUACCAUCUUAUUCUUCUCAUUCAGUCUCAUUGAUGGUGGAUGGGGAUAAAAACUCAGCUCCUCAGUGGGUUUCACUAACACCAAGGGUGUGGGGAACCAGGGUGCUGACUACCCUCUGUGUUGUUCAGUCUAAUUGCUGCUGUGUUGAUAUGAAGGGAGGGUGAGAAAAGGCUAAAGAAUAGGGGUUACAAGCACUACCUCAGGCCAUCAGAUGACUGUGGAGGAACAACUCAUCAUUAAGCCUUACUGACAGGACUUUGGCAAGGGAAUCAGAGUGGCCACACAGCUUGCUUCUGCUAAGUGGGGGUUGGAAGAUCAGCUCUGUGCUCAGCAUUACCUAUACUGCUCUGACAGGGAGGCACUGCCUGCUUAGGGAAGUGCUGCCUGCUUCUACCAGAUGGAGCAUGGAAGAUAAGCCCUCUACUUGGACCUGCCAACACUACACUGUCAGAGGAAUUGGAACAUCAUCUGUUUCUACCCAGCAGUGGAUGGCAGAUCAAUUCCCUGCAUUUGAGGCUGUUGACUAACCUUGUUUCCCAUCACAAACCACAUCCCCUAUUCCUUAGCCUGGCAUACUCUGCUUCUCCAGCCACAAGCUCUUAACCAGUUUUUCACAUAACUUAUGCCUGGCAUACUCUGCUUCUCCACCCACAAGCUCUUAACCAGUUUUUCACAUAUCGUAUGCCCACGCAUACCUUUGUUCCUGCCUUUCCUCCAGCUGUUUUCUGCUUAGACUGAAGGCUUCUCUAUUCUACCACCUUCUGAAUGUCUUCCUUUUGUUGUCUUACCCUUUCAAGUUGUCUUUUACAAUCUCCCCAGCCAUAACAAAUCAUUACCUCCUUUGGGUCCCCAGUGCUUAAUUUGUACUUCUCACAGUAUUUAUUAUAAUCUGCGUUGUACCAUGGAAUUAAGAACAUUUAUGCCUUUCCCCACUGCCCCUUCAGUUAUAAAUUAUCACUGUAGCUCUCAAAUUUAUUUCCAAUAAUGUUUAAUUUAUCCAGAAUUUGGCUUCCAGAAACGUGCAGCAUUUGAAAGACUGCUCUGAAACUAGCUAUAAAGGACAAAAUUCUGCCACAGUGCCUCCUUGAUUUACACUCAGCCCAUGACCAAGAGGACUUGAGUGUAAAACAGAGUAAAAGUUCAGUGAUGGGGCAUGAGCUAGCUGGUUUGUAAACAGACUGGUAAGAGAAAAAGGCUGGUUUCAGGGAAUGACUGGUUAGGAGACUAUGAAUACUUCCCAUGAGCCAGUUCAUGUGCUAAGAAAUUUCCUUGUAUUUAUCUCAUUUAAUCUUCACAGCUACCCUCUGAGGUAGAUGUUAUUAUUAUCCACAUAUUGCAGGUUGAUGGUGUUUUCCUAAUCAUUUUCGGACUUAUGGACACAUAUUCACAGGGUCAAUGAUCUGGGAGUUCUGAAGGGAUAAAUAAAGCUGCCCUUAGAGAUUUUGAGUCACCAGGACUGCAGUCUUCAGAGGCUUGUAUAAUACUACUUGUUUUAUUUGGGAGGAUUUCUUUGGUUUGGAACAGAGCAGCUGAAACCACUUAUUUACUCAUUUAACAAAUAUUUAUUGAGUACCUACUCUGUGUAAGGCACUUGAGAUGCAAGAUAAAAGUCCUUUCCUGAAUGGGUUUAUAGUCUAGUGGGCAGACAUACAGCGUAAACAUUAUAUCACAGUGUGGCAAGGCCCAGUGAAUCCAUAAUGUUAACAGAUGAUCUAAACAUCAGAAUCAUAGUUUUAGAGAAGAAAGGAUAUUAGAAAUUCUUUUGCCUCCUCAGGCUGUUUUAUGGGGUUGUAAGCAACAAUUUGUAUUGAAGUAUAUAACUGAAAAGCCUGAGUGAAUUGUUUGCUCUGCCUUUGUGUGCCCUGUGGGUGGUCUUUUUCUCUCACCUGUCAACUGCUCUUCUCAGCAAAAAGAGCUUGGCAUAUCUUGGUCUAGGAAUUACUUGGUGGGCUAUUAUUUGCGGAACAUAAUGUUAUGACAUUUACAUUUACCUUCUGACUUUCAGUGCGUAGGUUGUAUAUAUGUGUGAAUACAUACAUACUACUACAUCAUUCUAAAGAGUUUUAAAAUACCUUUUAGUAUAUGUAGUUUUCUUGCUUCUUUGGAAUUACUUUCUCAUAAUGUAGUAUUGGAGAGUUAUCUCAUCUCCAAAAUCCUCGGCCUGGAAAACAUGGGAAAUUGGGAAAACCACACAUGUUCUGCCCAAUCAGCUAUUAAAUGGUAUGAGGACUAAGUUUUUCCGUCCCUGCCUCAGAAAGUAAUGAAAUAUGGGUGCAGGCAGUAUUGCCACCUUACAGCUUUCUCCCCUGCUUUCCUACAUUUCCAGAUGAAUUAAUGACCUUUUUUAUCCAUGAUGAUAUGAGGUCUUCUCUUAUGGCCAAUGAAGUGUGGAGGAAUGAAAAUGAGGGGCCUCGACUUCCCUGGUUUUUACUGCCAUCUUGUAAGUAGGAUACAGGGCUAAAAGUUUUCCAGACAUUCUCAUUUAAUCCUUAUAACAUCCCUGUGACUCGAGGUAGGUGGAAGUAUGGACACUUUCUUUUCUAUCUUUCACAUCUUCCAUAUGAGCAUGCAGUACUUUCAUAAUCACAAAAGCAGCAAAUAUAUACCACAAAAACCAUUUCAUUUUUUUCUGUCUACAAAAUUGGGGCCACGAUUAUGUUUCAAUAUCUUGCUUUUUCAUACAUUGUUCUUCUCUCAUAUCUAGAUCUCCAUGUCAUUAAAUAUUCUUUGAAAACAUGGUUUAUACUAGCUCAAUAAAUCCAUAUGUAAAGGUAAACUAUUUUGUUAUCUAUUCUGUCAUAGACUCUUUAGAAUAAAUAAUGGACCAUGCAUACAAAGAAACAUUAUGGAACCAUUAAAAAUCAUGCUUUCAGAGUAUUUAAUAAAUGCAUUUUAUUAAAUGCUCCAAGGUUAUGUUAAAUUAUAAAAUGCUCAUGAUAUAAAUGAAAAAAACAAGCUUUAGAGGUAUGGAAUCUGCUUCCAAUUUUGUAAAAUAUAACCAUAGAUUUAUUAAUGAGAGAAAUCAGAACUGUUAACAUUUUGGUGUAUGUCUAGACUGUAAGAUUAAGGUUAGUUUCGUCUUUUAUUCGGUUGAAUUUCAGAGACUAUCUACAAUAUCAACACAUUUCUUUUACAUUCAGCAAAACAUUAUAAAAGUAUUACUGGGAGUGAUCAGAUAGAAAAUAUAAACGAGAGUUUUGAUCAAGAUGGUGGACUGUACACAGGCUUUUUCUUCUCAGGUCUCAUACUCCUUAAACUGAAAGAAAAUAAUUUGUAUGCACAAAUUCUGUGUAUGUAUGUGUGUGCCGAAUAUUAUUUUUUAAAAAAGUCUUUGUGAGGAAUUCCUGGAAGAUAGAAAGCAGAUGGAGCGGUCGUGGAGAAGGCUAGUGGGCGACAGGAGGCCAGAGAAAAGGGAGGAGAGCCGGCCAGUCUGGCUCUGGUUUGAGGGAAGCGGUCGGGUGUUGCCUGAGGAAAUGAAAGAGCAAGCGCCUGUGACUGUGUGGACUGAACGCGGGUGCGCGCAUUGACCCGCCCUGCUGCUGCAGCGGAGCGGAAGGAGGAAUGGCGAGGGGCGGGGCCGAGGCGCAGGCGGGCUCAGACCGGUUGGAUUCCCAAAGCCACAAAAACCCCGGCGCCAGAGCUAGGCCGAGCAGAGCAGCGCUGCGAAGCCGAGGCCAAGCGGAAUCUUCAGAGACCGGACACUGCCUGCGCCUUGGCCGCUGCAGCCAUCUCUCUUAUCUCUUGCCUACCUUUCGCCUCGUCUCUUUCUCCAACGCCGUCCACAGCCGCAGCACCAUCGAUAAAAGCUAAGUGGUCAAUUCAAGGACUUGGGGUUGGGAGUCGGGGCGGGCGCAAGGCGCGGGUAGCACACGGGAGCCCGCCAUCUCCUGCGGCAACAGCUACUGCUUGCAGACAGCCCGCCAGGGCGGGAGAGGGGAACACUGUCAAGAGGUUCACGCUGUCCCAGUGCCCACCGUCAGAGUUAGAACGCUUCUACCAAGCCUUAGGUGAGAGCCUUGCGCCUGGGGAAGGGAGGACGGACGGAGACUCAGAGAUCACGAAAAAAGAUCUCAUAUUGGAUAGUGUUGACUUUUUGUCAGCUUAAUCGAGCAGGUCGCAGCUUUACCAAAGCCUCCUUAAAAACCCGGAGCCAUGUCGCCCCCAACUGUGCCUCCGAUGGGCGUAGAUGGCGUGUCCGCAUACCUGAUGAAGAAAAGGCACACACACAGGAAGCAGCGACGCAAGCCCACUUUCCUCACCCGUAGGAACAUCGUGGGCUGCCGCAUUCAACACGGCUGGAAGGAAGGCAACGAGCCCGUGGAGCAGUGGAAGGGCACCGUGCUCGAGCAGGUUUCCGUGAAGCCCACUCUCUACAUCAUCAAAUACGAUGGCAAAGAUAGUGUGUAUGGACUAGAACUGCACCGAGAUAAGAGAGUUUUAGCGCUAGAGAUCCUUCCUGAGAGAGUGCCAACUCCUCGCAUUGAUUCGCGCCUGGCAGAUUCCCUGAUUGGCAAAGCAGUGGGGCAUGUGUUUGAGGGUGAGCACGGUAGGAAAGAUGAAUGGAAGGGCAUGGUCUUGGCGCGAGCCCCCGUGAUGGACACUUGGUUUUAUAUCACCUACGAGAAAGAUCCCGUCCUUUAUAUGUACACGCUGCUGGAUGACUACAAAGAUGGUGACCUGCGCAUCAUUCCAGAUUCCAACUACUAUUUCCCUACAGCAGAACGAGAACCUGGAGAAGUGGUCGACAGCCUCGUGGGCAAGCAAGUGGAGCACGCCAAAGAUGACGGAUCCAAGAGAACCGGCAUUUUCAUCCAUCAAGUGGUGGCCAAGCCGUCUGUCUACUUCAUUAAGUUUGAUGAUGAUAUCCACAUUUAUGUCUAUGGUUUGGUGAAAACCCCCUAAAUUCAUUGUGGUCUUUGCAAAAGUUGUGGAACUAUUAAAUGUAAAAUAUGUCGUGUUCUUGUAAUUGUGAACUUUUGAUAACAGUUUUGGUGUCACAGAUUCAGGAACUUAUUGUUACUUAUUACUUAUUGUGCCUCCAAAUCUUACAUUCACUAGUUCCACAGUUUUGCCCCAAGUAUACUUUGGUACUUUUGAUAUUGCCUUGUUCUGUAAUUGAAAAUUUAAAUUAGGUGCUAAUAGAAAAUUGAGAAGUGUUUGCAACCAUUGGAACAAAGAAAAACUAGAUAAGGAAAAAUUAAUGGUGUAACGCCAAACCCUCUCCUUUCUAUUUCCUUACCUUCCCUCUUUCUUCUCCCCAGGUAACAAGUCUUAAGAACAUGAGGUAUACCCUUCCAGUUUUCCCCAUCCUCUUACAGAAAGUUUGUUGUAGUUGUUCCUGUAAAAAUGACAAGCCAUAUCAUUUCUCUGUAAUUGUUUUUCUCACUCGGUAUAUCCAUGGCAACUCUUCUGAUCAGUAGCUGCAGACAGCUCUCCCUCUUCCUCUCCCCCUUCCACUCCUCUUACUCUCCCCCUCUCCCUCUGGAAUUUAUUUCUGUAUAUGGUAUAAGAUAGAGGUCCAACUAUACAUUUUGUUCACAUUGUAUACCUAAUUUUGCCAUCACAUUUAUUACAUAAAUCACCUAUUUCCUCUCUCCCUCUCUUUCUCCUUCUCCUCCUCCCUGCCUCUGACAGCUGCAUACAUAGUACAUGUUUAUGUACCAAAAAGGUAUUCAACUAUUCCCUUAUUGAUGGUCAUUUAAGUUAUUUCCUUUCCUUGUUGCACCAUAGCACUGCUGCAGUACAUUUUGGUGCUUUUGUAUCUAUAGAGUAGAUUCCCAGAAAUGGGAUUGCUAGGUAGGUAUAUAUUUAAUUUUAAGAGAUUAUUACAAAAUUACCAUCCAAAAUCAAAGUGCUCAUUUUCCAGCAUCCUCUCCAGCACUCUUUAAUGUUUGCAAAUCUGAAGAGUGAAAACUUACAUAGUAUUGUUUCUUUAAGUGAUAAACUCAACGAGGAGUUUAUGUUUUGUUUUUUAUUUGGAUUUCUUUUUUGUGAUUUGCCAGUGCUUAUCCUUUGCUCAUUUAUCUAUUGAAUCUUUGCUCUUUUUCUUAUAAAUUUGUAGGAAUUCUUACUAUAUUUUCUAUAUGGUGCAUAUUAAUCAUUUGUAGCCAAUAUGUAUUAUGAUUUUUUCCAUCCUUUUAUUAAUCUUGACUUUUCUGAUUGUAUCUUUUACUUUACAGAUUUUUAAAAAGUUUUCAGACAGACUACCAUCUCCUUUUUAGCUUUUUGGUUUCCUGUCUUUUUCAGAUGACUGUCCCCACCCAAGUUAUACAAAUAUUCACCUAUUUUUUUUCUAAAAAUUUUUAUUAAUUUUAAGGCUUAACUGAUCCGUUUGGAAUUUAUUUUUGUAUAUGGUAUACAAGAUAGAGGUCCAACUACACAUUUUAUUCACAUUGGAUACCUGAUUAUACUAUCACAUUUAUUAAAUAAACCACCCGUUCUCGAGUUCCUGAGCCAGUAUCACAUUGUUUUAACUACAGUGGCUUGACCAUAAAUUUUGGACUUUUGGUAAAGCAAGUCACCCUCUCAUUAGCUUCUUUUUUGGUAUAACUUGUCCUAGACAUUCAUUAUUUCAUAUGAAAGUUGAAAACACUUUUCCACAUUAAAAAAAAAUUUGAUAGUUAAAAUUGUCUUACAUUUCUGCAUUUUUAUUAGAGGAUUAUUUUAAUAAUAUUAAUCCUUAACACUCAAGAGUUUCAGUAUAUCAUUAAAAUCUUUUAGUUUUUUUGGGUAAUUUUCUUCUUAUAGGUCCGUACGGUCUGAUUAUAUUUAUUUCUAAAUAUUUUAAGUUUUUGUCACAUUUUGACUUUUUAAAUUGAGUAUUUUUCCUCCUCAUUUGUAACUUGUUAUUUUUGGUAAUAUAGACAAACUGCCGAUCUUUUAAAAUGUUUACCUUCUAUUUAAUCAACUUACUAAAUGUUCUAAAUUACACUGGGUUUUUAAAAUAGAAUAUUUUGGACGUUUUAGGUAUACAAUCAUUUCACCUGCCAAAAUAGAUAAUUUUAUUUUUUCUAAUGUUUAUAUUAUUAUUACAUCAGCAGGAUUCUCCAAAACAAUGUUGAAUAAUGAUUAUGACAUACAUGCCUGUCUGGUUCUUAAUUUUCACGGAAUUGUCUUUAAUAUUCCCUAUUAAUAGAAUAUUUGCUGUUGGUUAUUGGUAAACAGUCAUAAACCAUUACCAUGUUUAGAAAGUUUCUUCUAUUCCUGCUUUACAUAGCAUGAUUAGUAAAAGUGGCUCCUGAAUUUUAUCAAAUGUCUUUUCAGCACCUAUUCAUAAAAUCAUUGGAUUUUUUUCCUUUAAUUUGUUGAAUUAGAGUGCCAGGUAUGUGAUGUUGAAGCCGACUUAUGUUUCUGGAAUAAAUCUUAGUUGGUCAUGGUGUAAGAAUCAUUUGAUACAUUGCUGGAUUUAUUUACCAAUAUUUAUUUUAGAAUUAUUACAUUUACAUCCCAAAGUGAAAUUAUAUUUUUUCUUUCUUACACUGUCAGUUUCAAGUUUUUUUAUUAAAAUUGUGCUAGCUUUAAAAAAUGAAUUAGUGAGUUUUCAAUCUUUUUCUAUGGUCUGAAAUAGUUUAACUCGCAUUAGAAGUAUUUGUUCUUUAAAAAUUAGCUAGUACUAAACUGUAAAUCAGUCUAAUCCUGUUGACAUUUUCAAUGGUAGAUCAGCUUGCUUAUCUCUCCAAGGGUAAUUGAUUUAUUCAAGCGUUCUCUUAGAAAGGAAUGUGUACUCUCUGGGAAAUUCAAAGUUUAAAGUUUUCAUUAUUAUCAAGAUUCUUGAUUGUAUGAUUCAGGUACUUUAUGUCCUUUCAUGUUGCAUAUGCAUAUGUCCUAGGUAUGUUCAAUUCUGGAAACAUUGUAAUAAAAUCAUCAGCUAUAAUGGUGUGUUGAAUUCUCUUUGUAUUUUAUUUUGGAAUAUUAAAACAUAAUAUAGAAAAUAUGAAUGAUAUAACAAACAUUUGUUUACCUUUACCCCAAAUUAAAAAAUGUUCACAUUUUGGCAUAUUUGCUUUAGAUAUAGAUUUAUAUUUUUAAAAAGUCAGAACAUUACAGAUAAUAAAUCUAUUUCCCAGUACCAUAACGUUUCUUUUCUCUGCAGAGGCGAACACUAUCAUGAAUUUAGUGUGAUUCCUGUCUAUGUUUUGUAUAUUUACUGCAAAUAUAAUAAUCGAUAACAGUA